AUGCAGCCGCUCAUCGCUGCCAUGCAUAGAUUACGACAGGCUUUCUAUGCCGCCUUUAUCAAAUCUUUUCUGAAAACUAAAUCUAUCUUUGAGAUCAUUAUCAAGUUUUGGAUUGCGCCCUCAACUUUCCCCAAAGUCAAGGACGAAAAUGUCGACGCCAAAGACACCUCCCUGGCAAAAGUCAAGAAGUUUCUAGAUGAGGUCGAAGCUGCCUUUAGAGAUUCUACGAAGGAGGCCUCCUUAUUGGCGUUUUCCGAAGGGUUGAGAAAAGAGUUUGCUGAGAGCCUACUAGAAAAUCCACAAUGCAUGUUGCCUUCAUACAAUCAUCAACUUCCUAGCGGUCAUGAAUGUGGAACGUACUUAGCCCUAGAUGUUGGGGGCUCGACUUUUCGGGUAGCCUUGAUUAAACUCGCAGGAAAAGAGUGCAAGGGGAAGGAGAUUGAGAUUGUUGAAUUAAAGUCUUUCAAGAUCAAGAAUGUGGAGAGGCAGCUGGUUGGUGUAGAAUUCUUCGAUUGGAUGGCAGAUCGAAUUCUGGACACUCUUUCUGGGGAGAAGGAACGAUACGAGAUGUCGGAGACACCUUUAUCUGUGGGACUGUCCUGGUCCUUUCCUAUUGAUCAAACAUCACUCAAGGGCGGUCUUCUUAUGGGGAUGGGAAAGGGCUUUUGUGCUGCUGAUGGGCUGGUCGGGAGAGAUCUGGGUGGCCUUAUCGAAGAUUCUUGCUUUAAAAAAGGUCUUAACGUUCAGCUGAACGCCAUUGUGAACGAUUCUUCGGCAACAUUACUCUCCAAAGCAUAUAUGGACCCUACAACUCGUUUCGCACUAAUAUUAGGAACUGGGUUGAACGCUGCGGCUCAUCUUCCUGUCCACAUCUUUUCACAGCCCAAAUUUGGCAUUCGACCUGCAUCCUGGCAUGAUUGCGCUAAGCAUGUUAUUGUCAACACAGAACUGUCGAUGUUCGGUGGUAAAUUCCUUCCAUACACGAAAUGGGAUAAACAAUUGAGAGAAAACCACCCUCUACCAGACUUUCAGCCAUUCGAACAUUUUGCGAGUGGCGGAUAUAUUGGUGAGAUCGUGCGUUUGAUGUUGAUAGAUGGGAUUCAGAGCGCAGGACUAUUUGGGGGAGUAGUGCCAGCAAAUUUGAGGGAAAAGUACUCUUUAGAGACCGAAACUCUCUCAUAUAUUGAAGACGAUAAAACUCCCCAACUUACCACCGCAAUUGAAGUGUUCACCAACCGUCAUCCCUCCCCUCAUAUUCCCACCAUAGCCGAUUUACGAGCUCUACGAUUGAUAGCUUCCCGCGUAACUCUACGCUCUAGCGGCCUCAUCGCUGCUGGCGUCCACGCUCUCUGGCACAUGCGUAAUACGUCCGAAUCAAUCUCACCCUCAGAUUCUGCCCACACGGUCAUUGCCUAUAAUGGAUCUGUGUUGGAAAAUUAUCCCGGAUUUCGCAAAAAUACUCAAAAGUACAUCGAUAGGUUGAUCGAAGCGAGUGGUGCGAAAAACGGGACCGUGGAGCUGGUGUAUGCAGAAGAAAGCUCGCUGUUGGGAGCGGCGGUGGCGGUUGCUUGUUGCAAUGCUUGA